UAAUGCUUUCGAGCUGGGCAACUCGAAAGUCAGGGCCUCCACACGAUGUUCGAACUCACGAUUAGGGUGCAGGGUUUAUGGCAACCACCCUCGCAGGAAUCAUGUUUGGUUCCAAUACUUGAAGAAACUGACACUCCCUUUAUUUGCGGUGCUCUGAACACAUAUUCUCUCCGUGAUGGCUUUGGGAUCAGGUCCGAAAUGUAUCUUCAUAAUAUUCAGAUUUAGUGUAUAGUCAUAAUAUUCAGAUUCAUUGUACAGUCAUAAUUUUCAGAUUCAUUUUUUCUCGUGGGGUUUUUUUCAACCUUUUUCAUGUCGUCCACUCUUGCAUCCCAAUGUACUUCGCUUUUCAUAUUUUCCACGAAGAUCAAAUGUAGAAUAUUUAUAAAGCUUGGGUGGUGGUGUACUAAACGUGGACUCUUGACUUGAAGCUAAUGCUGGUUUGAAGCUUGAAGCCUACUUUUUUUUAGUAUUUGAACACGAGCGCCGCAUCAAGGCGCUCGUGUCUCAUUCGGGUAGCUUCCUCGAAUGAGACACGCAUGAAUCCGGUCCUGUUAGGAUAAUGUUAGGAUCUAACGGUAUGACUAUACACUAAAUCUGAAUAUUAUGACGAUACCCGACAUCGGAGGUUGCGAGUACAAGGGAGUGCGGCAGCGCACCUGGGGCAUGUGGGUCGCAGAAAUUCGAAAUCCGCACACGAAGAAGAGGGAGUGGUUAGGGUCGUACAGAACGAAGGAGGAGGCUGCAGCGGCCUACCAACGCAGUGAACACAAGUUCUCGACCACUUCCCUUCCAUUCAACCCAUUGUUCUCCGUCCGAGGACUUACAAUCGGCAAAAUUGCUCAGGAGUUCUCGACUACUAGCGAUCCAUUGAUCUCCGUUCCGGGACAGAAAAAAGAUUGAGAUCUUCUGCCCACCUUGAUAUCACAUGAACCUAUCACUCCUCCGGAUGAAGAUUUUUUUGAUCUUAGUGGAGAAAAAAUUAUUGGAGAAAUUCUCAACUUACUCUCGUGCUCGCAACAGCUUCAGG